AUGUCCACCAAACACACAUCUCCCGCUGUGCCUCGAGCCAAGGUGAUGAGCGCCACCGAGCUCAUCGGCAACACACCCCUCGUUCGUCUGAACAAGAUCCCCCAGAGUCUAGGAAUUGAGGCCGAAGUCUACGUAAAGGUCGAAUUUGUCAAUGCAGGCGGCAGUGUCAAGGAUCGUAUUGCCCUGCGGAUGAUCGAGCAGGCAGAGCAGUCGGGGAGAAUAAAGCCUGGGGAUACUCUUAUUGAACCCACCAGUGGAAACACUGGAAUUGGGUUGGCGCUCGUGGGCGCGAUUAAGGGAUACAAGACGAUCAUUACGCUCCCCGAGAAGAUGUCCUCCGAGAAAGUCGCAGUCCUUCGUGCACUUGGCGCUACCAUCAUCCGCACACCAACUCAAGCCGCUUUCGACUCGCCAGAAUCGCAUAUUGGUGUAGCCAGAAGACUGCUGAAUGAGAUCCCCAAUUCACAUAUCUUAGAUCAGUACACGAAUAAAGACAACCCAUUGGCUCACGAGCAUGGUACUGCAGAGGAGAUCUGGUCCCAGAGCGAGGGAAAGAUCACAGCCAUCGUGGCGGGCCGCCGGAACUGGAGGAACCAUUACUGGCCUGUCGAGGGGAUUGAAGAAGGUGUCAAAGAGCUCGGUCUUGGCAAAGGCGAUACUGUCGUGGUCGUCUUGCCAGACAGCAUAAGAAGUUAUCUGAGUAAAUUCGCAGACGACGAUUGGCUGGCAGCCAACGAUCUGCUCCCACCAAGCCCCCCUACAACGUCACCCCCUUCGCCCGUCCUCGAGUCUUCGUCAGCGAAGAAAGACCCAUAUCACGGUGCCACUAUCGAGUCCCUCCGUCUCAAGCCCGUAACCACCGUGCUAGCUAAUACACCCUGCUCAGAAGCAGUGGAGACGAUGAGGGAGAAGGGCUUUGACCAAUUGCCAGUUCUUGCUCCUACCGGGGGGAAACUUGUCGGUCUCGUCACUCUCGGCAAUCUGCUUUCUUGGAUCAGCCGCGGCCGCGCAACAGGAAAAUCACCCGUCUCAGACGUUAUGUUUGACUUCUCCUCCAUCCCCGAAGUCGUCACCGAUCCGAAGGACAUCUCCCACCUCUCCCAAGCCCCUAAGACGAAUGGGCUUGAAGAAAGCGACAACGGGAAGAAACAGAAGACGCCGAAGAGGAAGUUUGUGCAAAUCACGAUGGAUACACCACUUUCUGCGUUGAGUAAGUUCUUUGAGUGGAAUAGCUCGGCUGUUGUUACGGAGAAGGUUGGAGGGAUGCAAGGAGGGCUGUCGAAGCCGGUGGCCGUUGUUACCAAGGUUGAUUUGCUGAGCUGGAUGGUUAAGCAGCAUUCUAUUUAG